UUGACUUAAACCAGUAGCCAGCAAAGAUGUUCCUUACCAAGUGCGGAUCAUUCCUGAUCCUCGUGGUCUGCUGCUCAGUGGCCCUAAGCGCCUCCUCUCCUCACACAUAUCACAAGGAUUGGCAGCCCGAUUCGGAGGAGCUGCUCGAAGUGCUUCCCUUGGCCCGCCGGGCUCGAUCGCCUGAGGGAGGUUCCGUGGUUCUAACCGCCAGUAAGGACAGUCCAAUGGGUCGGGAGGCCAGGGUGCAGUACAACCACAAUCUAUACAGUACUGGCGAUGGGCGUGGCAGCAUUGACGCCUACGCCCAGGCCAGCCGGAAUUUCGACUUUAAUCGGAACGACUUCGGUGGCGGCAUUCGGGGCACCUGGCGUUUCUGAGCGGGAACAGAAGUAUUGAAUUGGUUACAACUUGAGUCACGUGAACAAAUAAAUGUGUUUACCCAAG